CUCGAACCCGGGCCUUCCUGAAAGCUAACAAGUAGUAGCAAACAGCUCUCCGCACUCAGCAACAGCCAUAACAUCAGCACAAAAUGCCACCAAAUACGAAUGCCAACACCCAAGAGCAGAUGCCGGAGGAAUCGACCCCCAGUCUGGAAGCGGCAGACCAAAGGGUGGAGGAAACCACGCAGCGUGAGGUAUUUCGUGAGUUAGCGCAAAAACAAAAAGAACAGCAAGCGGAAAGUCAAAAAAUGUUCACAGAGGCAACCACCCUAACACCAAAAACCACAACAGAAGCCGAGGAGGAGCCCACCACAACAGCAGUGUCCACCAUCCAGAAAAUCGGGCAUGCCGGCGAAGUGGUCACCGAAGUGAUUGCCGAGAAGACCGGCCUGCCCACAUGGGGUGUGGUGGCCAUCAUCAUAUUGGUAUUUCUCGUUGUCUUUGGUGUACUCUUCUUUUGUGUACGUCGUUUCUUGAAGAAGCGACGGACCAAAGAUGGUAAGGGUAAGAAGGGUGUCGAUAUGAAAUCGGUACAAUUGUUAGGAUCAGCGUACAAAGAGAAAGUUCAGCCUGAUAUGGAGGAACUCACUGAAAAUGCUGAAGAAGGUGACGAGGAGGAUAAACAAAGCGAGCAAAAAUUGGGAAGACUGAAUUUUAAG